GUUAUAAUUACAAUGAGGAACUGUAGCGGUGUGCUACAAGCAGCGCUAGAAUUACGACACGGAGUCGGUAACUGCAGUCGAAGGAAAAACUUUAUUCGAAAACUUCAGCCUCACUUUUAAGCCUCUGUCAACCGGCCCCCCAUGGCGAAGAGGUUCCAAAGCUCUGUGCUCGCAAACCCCCGUAGGCUAUCUAAUUGUGAGUCGGUUCGGAUACGCUAGGAAGCACCAGCGGUCAUUGGGCCGGGGGUUAGUGGGCUCUGCGGCCGGGCCUGGACUGGUUUGCUGCCGGGAGCGUGGCUGGGAGAUCUGUGCGAUGGACGCCCCGCUCGCCUUUUUGGCGUUCCACAGCAAGUCCGCCCGGGCUGCCACCUUCCGGGGGUCACUGAAAUCCGCAUCGGACAGCAGCAGGCGUAUGUCCUCGGGCAGCUGCUCCAGGAAUGCCUGCUCAAACAUGAGGCCUGUGUGUCCCUCGGCCAGAGACAACAUCUCGUUCAUUAAAGCCGAUGGAGGUCUGUAGCCCAAGCCAUCCAGGUGUGUCCCCUGCCAGGAAACUUUCAUUUUGACUACAAAGAGCUGCUCCUGUCCAUCUGACAACUUGAGAGGAGGACUUUGCUUUGAAAGCACAGGGAUGCCGGCCAGUUCUGCACCAUUGCCAGAUUCCAUUUGGUAUGAAAUGCAUCUUCAAGCAAGCUACCUGGCUUGUGCAAACGUGGAAUACAGUAAUCAGACAGCAUGCCAGCUUCUCACUAACCUGGUGGUGCUUGAUGUGACUGGCUUGGUCAGCGGUGAGGCCCUCGUUCUGUACCGAAACAUACCCGCCAUGACUAACUAUCUCCCGAAACUCUUCUAUGUGGACUCAAAUAUAGCCACAUCCCUGGGUCAAACAGCCCCCAAGGGGCUCUCUUUCCGGAAGGAUUCCCAGAUCACCUUAAAGAUUGUGAAAUAUGACGCUGGCGGACAUUUUCUUGGUUGGGAAGAUGUCAGGGGAGGCACUUUACAGCUAUGCCCCAACACACAAACAUUGUUGGAUGCAGCGUACAAAUUUGGCUCUUUCUUCGUCCAGUCGUGUACAAUACAAAUCUCGGACCUUCUGCGCCGAUUCCCGGAGCCAGUGCUUUAUGAACUCUUUCUCCACUACAAUGAUAACCAAGAGCAGCCAAGGGUCUGGCCCAUCCCAGUGCGCAGUCUGAAUCUGGACAGGAAUGGUUUGGAGGCUGGAGCACUGAGGAGGUUUUUUUUGGUUGAUGGGCUGACAGGGAGAAGGGGUAGUCUCAGUAACCCACCGAGCUCGGUCACCUACGCUGAAGACCUCGUUCUAAGGGCCUACCUACCAAUUAACAACCCGACCAGUGAGCCACCCUUUUUACUGACUAUACGAUAUGCUCAAGCACAAGAUCUUCAAGCACAGAGACAGCUAACGUUUGCUGUUCAGUAUGAAAUGAACCAGGCUGCACGCAAGAGAGAUACAGAUAUCGCUCUGGGUGUCCUAGGUUCUUUGGCUGUUUUCACUGCCAUGCUGGAGACGAGCAGCUGGAGGCGGAGGAGCGGGCUAGAGUUCAUUGACGUUGUGACUAUUGUGAAAUAUUUUGCCUACUUUGCUGGAGCCCUGUCGAACACCUUCUUCCUUGUCACGUAUGGUACCGGUGUCUACUGGCUUAUUGUGUACAAGGGCCAGCAGACCACAGUUGAGGUUACACUGCCAUCUGCUGGUAGUGAGAUUGAAACUGGCUUCAUCAUCUAUGUGUCCUGUGCUUUUGUGCUGAAGGCACUACAGCUAAUUCACAUCCUCAUGGUUCAAAUGACUGUGUCUAUCUUCCUGAUAGACUGGGAGAAGCCCAAGGGAAGACAAUUGCCUACAUCAGCAGAAAGCAAACCGGGUCCCUCAUCGGUCAGUAUCUGGCGCACGUACUUCAUAGCUAACGAGUGGAACGAGAUUCAGACAAAGAGGAAAAUCAGUCCAAUUCUGCAGCUUGUUCUUAUUCUCCUACUGCUGGAGGUUGUUGGCUUGAAGAACAUUGCCAGAAGAGAUCUGAAUUUGAAUCUACACCCUGGUCCGGAUGUUGAUCUGGCACCCUGGAGCCCAAUUCUCCGAUACGGGAUAUCAAUGUCAAUGUGGCUAAUAGUCGGCUUAGCUCAGGCAGUCUUCUUCAUUGGGAUCUAUGAACGAUUUGUUGAAGACAAGAUAAGGCAAUUCGUAGACUUGUGCUCCUUAAGCAAUGUAUCGGUUUUGGUCUUGCUGCAUAAGUGUUACGGUUUCUACAUCCAUGGACGAUCAGUGCAUGGUCAAGCUGACAUUAAUAUGGAGACAAUGUAUCUCAACCUUAAGAAAGAAGAGGAUAAUCUUUGUGCAAUGAGAGGCCUUGAGCCCAACAUGGAGAUCCAGACUUUUGAAGUCCUAAUCUCUAGCAAGGUCAGACAACAAUAUGACAGGAUACUGUCACCAUUGAAUGAGGUGGCGAGAAGGAGUCAUGCCAGGCCUCUGGACUCCCCCACUCUGCAGCAGAACCUGAAGGCAUACUUCACAAUGAACAAGUUCCUUUCAUCCUUCCUGGAACACGCUUACAAAGACAUGGACUACGUUGUGAAGGAAAAGCUCUUUCUGGAACGCAUCUUGGACUUUGAGUUCCAGCGAUCAGAUGACAGAAGUUUCUUUUAUAAUGAUGAGCGGAUGCUCUUCAGCAGUGCUCUCUAUUAUGGCCACGAGUUGGUGCUGCUGCUUUUCGACGCUCUGCUCUUCUCCGUCGUGGACCUGGGGACCCAGGACUUUGUUCUGGCGGCCAUCAUCACUUACUUAGUACAGAAGGUUCUGGAAACAGUAAGAGAGGCGAUUUCAAGGAGGAAUUUGGCUACAAAGACACUGGUUGAUGAAAGGUUUCUCAUCUAGAAUUCCUCAGAUAUUAGCCACUGUGUGGAUGGGAUCAGUUCAAUUCUUACCACUCUCGCACAAGUGUGGCUUUUACACAAGAGUAAUUAUUUGAUAUGCCCAGUCCAAUGUUUGUUACCAAAGGACAGUUGAUAGUGAAGCCACAGCAGGGAAAAAAAUAUGCCUCGUGGAUGGGAACAACACAGACGUGGAUGAGAUGCAACCAAGCAAAAAAGGAAAAUUAAAAGCAGGCAGAUUGCUGAUUGAAGUGGUGAAUGGAGUUUCAUAUCUGCUUGUGUUUCCUUGAUUUGAAAAUGGCACAAAAUUGCCAACAGCCCAUAGAAGGUGGUCUUCUAGAGGGCCAGCAUCUUCACAAAGAUUUCUCAUCGCACAGGGAUUGUGUUUAAGUCUCUGAAUGAUCUCUCUUGUUGAUGGUUGGGUGCCAACAGUUUCACAGUACAAUUCAUGUGUGUUGCUCAAUAUUUCCAGCAUCUGCAGAAUCUCGUGUCUUGGGUAUGUUGAUCUACCGCAGUCACCUGAUGAAGGGUCUUGUCCCAAAAUGUCGACUGUUUAUUUUCCUCCAUAGAGCAUUUAUUUGUGUGCUGUUCACAAUAGAAUCACAAUUUGAGGCAUUAGUGCCUCAGUAUAGAAUGAGAGGAGGUGCGGGGCAGGUGGGGGGACAAUCACCAGCUGAAGUUGGACUCAUUGUUUAACAUUAUAUCACAUGAUCCUCUCCCUCGUACCUGCAACUCCUAUCAGUAAUUCCAUUACCCAUAGACACUAGGCUUCCCAUUGUCAAUUGGUGAUGUAGACUUCUUAUUAAGCAUGUGCCCAAGAGCAGGGGUGGCAAACCUACGACAUAUGUGCCCAAGAUGGAGCAUGCUAAACAAUUUGUUGGUACACUUUAUGCAGUGCCACCCCUUGAUUCCUUAAAUCUCACCCAUAUAAUAAAAAUCAUAAUGAUUAUCUUUACUACAAAUUAAUUUUUACAAACUAAGAGCAGUGAGAUGUUUUCCCCGGAAAUGUCCACAUCGGCUUGGCACCAGCUGGACAGUUGGGAGAACAGUCAGCAUUGGAUGAUCCUCAUAGACCUGGUGUACAACGGUGCAUUUGGCACCCUUGACACGCAUCCCACCUUUAAUAUUCUUCCAAUAUUUGAAUAAUAAACAGUUACAUUAACAAUACUAUUUAGAAUUGAGGUUACUUUCCUAUUUUCUUCUUAAAAGAUUAAUAUUAAUACAAUAUUAAUAUUAAAAGAUUAAUAAUUUAAUAGCCGAACAGGUUUUCUAAACUACUUUGUUUAUUUGUAUGUCUCUUACACUUUUAUUAAUGGUAAAGUAAUGAAUACACAUAAAUAAGCAACAAGAUUCAUUCUUUUCAUUUAAAAUAAGUCCAGAAUUAUUGAUACUAAUUCAGUAAUCAAUGAUAAUCUCUGCUCAAAAUUACCAUUGUGGCAUGUGAGAGAAUUUUUGAGAUUAUCGCCAACUUGAGUGUACAUUGUCAAAGAGGUUUGCACCCCUGAUCAGCAGUGUUUCAAUGGACUAAACAAUCUCUAAUGUGUCAUUUAGAUUCUAAAGAGAAAAGAUUCCCUGCAGCUUCAUUGGAUUAACCUCCAUAGUAAGUCUCCCCCAAUACUUCUAUCAAAUUAAAUAAAAAUAAAUAUUAUUUAUUUAACAUUCAUUUAAUUUUCCUCACUGCGUCAAUCCUUGGAGAUUAUAGUUCCUGCAAGAUCUGGGCAGUCUUGAAGUGUUGACAGUGUUGGAUGGGGAAGAAUAAUUGAGGGAGGGAAGGGUGAAGGAAGGGAUUAUUCACAAGGUGGAACAGCUGGGUGGAGGUGGGUGUUAACACUACAAUUUCAGGAUGGUGAAGAUGCUCUGGGGAAAAUGGAGACUUGAGGCCCAGGUCUCUGUGGCAGCAUGGAGUAUUAUCAAUGUAGCAGACCCUUCCUUUCAGUAAGGAUGCCUGAUGGGGUAUCUUUGGAAUUAUAGAUGCACUCUUUGCUAGAUGCUCAUAGUUGACAACAUUGAAUAAAUUAUAGUGUUAAUGCAUCGGACCCCUCUUCCAAGAUUUCUUCAGCAGACUUUCAGAGGAGGAAUAUAACAUAUUGAUACCAAUGCAUUUAGUGAAACCAACCACGGUAACUUAGAGGCAACUAAAUUCUCCCUGUGCAGGGAAAGGUAAUGCAGUGGGUGUUAAUGCGGUAAUUUAACUCGUGCCUCUGGAUUGUUCAUGUAUGAUCGAUCCAUAUACAUGAAUUUCAAUCCUGCCACUGACAUUGGGGUAUUUGUAGCCAGAUAUGAUUAAUUAAAUCAGUUUGAAUACUAAGCCGAUAACAGAAGUGGUGAUAAAGCCCAUCUGUUUCACCCAUGUCCUUAGGCGAGGAAGCCUGGUGUGCUGCUGUUUGCACCACAUGUGUCUCAGGCACCAGCAAGUUGAUUAACAUCUAGCUGAUAGUGAAGUGGCCCAGUAAACCACUCAGUCGCUUCAGCUGGUUGUGUCAAAAGAUGAGGAGCAUGUCUAAGGCAGCAAACUUCACCACCAUCUUCUCAAGGGAACGUUGCCAUCAAUGCCCAUGUUCUGUCCAAAAAUAUACAACCCUUAUGUUGUCUAUACCUAAUGGAACAAGAGUUCUCCUGUAGCAAUGGGUCAUAGAAACAGACCCUUCAGCCCAAUGAGCUACCACUAACUAUCAACGACCCAUUUACACUACAGUAAUCCAACAUUAACCCCAUCAAAGUAAAUGUAUUGAAGUACAUAUGUGUUAUCACACACUACUUUGAGAUUAUUUUUCCAUGCAGGCAUUUACAGGAAAAUAAAUGCAACAGAAUUGAUGAAAACUGUAGAUAGACAAAAACUGACAGGCAACCAAUGUGCAAAAGAAGGCAAAUUGUGCAAAUAGAAAAAAUAAAUAAUACGGAGGACUCGUGGUGCUGUGUCCUUCAAUGUGAGUCUGAUGGUUGUGGAAUUGGCUUAGAGUUGUGGUGAGUGAAGGUCUGAAGGCAGUUAAAGGUAAUGAUGUUUCAGAGCUUCAAGUACUCUGAAAGCAGCCUGGACCAGGGUCUCGAGAGAAAAGAGAGAAUUAAGAAGCGGCAAGACAAAAGUGAAUGUGUACUUUAGGAAAAAAAUAUGAUUACACAAAGACCGACAAACAACCAAAGUGCAAAAGAGGCCAAACUUUGCAAAUAAUAAAGAAGUAAAUAAAUAACACUGAGAGCCUCCCCACAUUUUCAUCAAUUUCCCCAGAUUUUACAGAGGCCAGUUAACAUCCUUGGGUUGUGGGAAGAAACUGGAGAACCCAGAGGAAACGCACAAGGAAACAUGCAUACUCUACACGAGCAGUAGCAGAGGCCAGGACCGUGCCUGUGCCUCUGGUUCAGUGAGGCAGCCUUCACUGCGUCACCCACUGAUCUUGGGAAAAGUGACAUUACUGGAAACUCUUUGUCAUUUGAAUCUCCAAUCCUGUGUUGAGUGUGUCCCUUUGUAUUAGUUACUUUUCAUCUUUGAACCAUGGUGUUUCAAUAACAUAUUUUGAAAAAUUGUAUGCUAUUUAAAUGCCUAGUAUAUUUUACAGUUUUGUAUUUAUAUUCUAAUAAAUGUUUUGGAUUUAACAGUG